ACAAAGGCUUUGGACUCAGCAGACAGUGCUAAGAAUGCUCCUGCUUUGGUCCAGAUUCCUGUUCCUGCCCAUCCUUCUAGGAAUGGUGUAUGCAGCUCCCACCUUAGAUGGAGGCAGAACACAGCGUGAGGAGAUAGUCCUAAGUUUUCCCAGGGAUGAAGUCAGCCUGAACGAGAUGUUCCGUGAAGUGGAAGAGUUGAUGGAGGAUACUCAGUACAAACUGAGGAAUGCAGUUGAAGAGAUGGAGGCAGAAGAAGGUGGUUCUAGGCAGGAAACAGGAGUUGAUUUUGACCAGCUGCCUCCCAACUAUCACAAUGAAUCUUACACAGACACAAAAAUUGGAAAUAAAACUUUACAUACUCACCAAGAAAUCAAUAAGGCAACUGAUAAUAAAACUGGAUCUGCUAGCUAUUCUGAAACUGUUGUUACAUCAAUACAAGAAGGAGAGAGUAAGUGGAAUCAUGAGUGUAUUAUUGAUGAGGACUGUGAGACUGGAAAAUAUUGUGAGUUCUCUGGUUUUGAGUACAAAUGUUAUGUCUGCAAAACCCAACACACACAUUGCUCUCGAGAUGAGGAGUGCUGUAGAAACCAGCUCUGUGUCUGGGGUGAAUGCUUGAAAGCUGCCUCAAGAGGAGCAAAUGGAACAAUAUGCGAAAACCAGCGUGACUGUAAUCCGGGAAUGUGCUGUGCUUUUACAAAAGACCUUCUGUUCCCUGUGUGUACCCCAUUAUCUGGAGAAGGGGAAUCUUGCCAUGACCCUUCAGAUAGGCUCCUCAACUUAAUUACAUGGGAGCUGGAACCAGAUGGAGCCCUGGAUCGCUGCCCCUGCGCACAUGGAUUGACUUGUAAGAUACAGAGCUACAGCAGCGAUUCUUUCUGUGAGCUAUCCUUUAAUGAAACCGAGAACAAGGAUGCAGAGAAACCUUUGCUAGUAGAUGAAAUAUCAUUACUGGAUUUUAUAACAGAAGAUAUUCCUGAUGACUAUGAAGAGACGCUGAUUAACAAAAUGCAGGAAGGCUUGGAGAAAGAAGUAUCUGUUCCUAAAGAUGUGGACAUAGCCAGUGAUAUGUUUUUUGCAGACAAAAUGUAAUUAAUUGGUCACACAUCCUUUUAGAAAAUAGUGUCCUUUAUAGCACAAUUAAACUAUUUCUGCUGGAUAGAAGUUCAAUAAUUAAAAAUAUAAUUUACUUGGUUAUUUUUCUCUGCCUUGUACAGACAAGUAUUUUCUAAGUCUGAAACCACAUUCUUCAUUGAAACAUCAAACGUGGGCAGGAGCUUCAUUUAAGGAUGGCACUUCUGAGUU